AUGGCUUCUUCUAUUGAAACCGGAGGAGCGUGGAGCACCAUGGAAGAUGUUUCUUUGUGUGAGGCUUGGCUCCGAGUUUGUCAUUGUCCCGUGACAGGUAAUGAGAUGAAAUUUUUCCAUAUGUGGAAAAAAAAUCGUGCCGAAUUUUGCGAAAAAAUUCCGAAGUCGCCUCGUACGGAAAUGACAUUGUUGAGUAGGUGGAAACUUCUCAACAAAGAGAUGACAAAAUGGAGAGAUGCCUUGGCAAAAGCGAUGAAUUUGUAUAGAAGUGGGGAAAAUCGUACUAACGAGCUCAUUCAAGCACAGAUGUGGUUCGGUGCAAUCGGGGGUGGCAAAAAAAGUUUCACCCAUCAUGAAUGUUGGGAGGUGGUGAAAUAUUGUAAACGCUUCAUAAUUAUUCACACGGGUCCCGACGUUGUGUUAAACGAGACGCCUCUCCGUGAUUCAACGACAUCAGAUUCACCUCUCGAUUCCCCUAUGAGUGAAGACUCACCCAUCCAAAAGAAACCGAGGCCUAUUGGCCGAAAGGCUGUGAAGGCUGGCCGAAAGGCUGUGAAGGCAAAGAAACGCCAAGAUAUGGAGGUGGCAAUUCAAGCCGAGUGUGCACGAGAAAAAGAGUAUUUGCGCAAAAAAGAUAUGCAGAAGACGGAUCGGGAAACCAUGACAAUGGAUACAAGUCAUAUGUCCCCUGAAACAAAACAAUAUUGGAAGCUAGAACGAAGGGAUGUUAUGAGAAGAAGACUUUUCCAGGAUGAUGGGCCUAGAAACACGGAUUGGUUAAAUGAUCAAAACCAUUAA